AUGCGCAGUGUCCAGGCGGUGUCUGCGGAGGUGCCCGCGCCCUUCGUGACUUCCAGCGAGAAUGUCUGUAGCGUCCAGUCAGACGACGAUCAGGACGACGACAGUCCUGACCCUUUAGCGAGUCUUCCGGACGAGGAGGACGACGAAGAGUUGUGGGAGUGGCAUGACGGGCCAGAGGACUUCGAAGAUCUCACACCGUCCAUGACGAACAUCUCCUGGACGCAUGGCGUGUGGAAGACCACUUGGACGGAGGCCAGCAGUGGCAAGCGCCGCUGCCGGAGGUUCCCGCUGGAUGCGCAGAUCUCUCUGGGCGUGAGUCAUCGGUGCGCGUGGAACUUGGCCUUGGUGCAGGCGGAGUCCUGGCUGCGCUCGCUCAUGGCCUUGUCUCGAUGCGUUCCCGUGAAGACUGCCGCAAAGGCAAGUCACACAUCCUCUGUUCCGGGGGUGACGUGCAGUGGGUACAGGCUGUCCAGGGGGUGGAGCGCUUGGGAGUUCAAGUGUGGGGCGGGGGGCAAGGCCGUACAGAGCCCCUACUUCCAUACAAAAAAGCUGGCUGAAGAAUGGGUGCUGCGUUGGAUGAGUGAUCACGACGCGCGGCCACGCAAGCGACCCGCGGGGCGG